GAAAAAAAAAUGUGUAAAUAAAGAGGAUGGUGAUUUGACAAUGGGCUGUCAUCCGUCCAUCUGACGUUAGUCAUCCUCAUCCCCUGAGUCAUCAGUCCCAAAAUUUCUCGACCUGUCCUUGAAAUUCGGUGCUGGUGGAGAUGGUGGACUUUUAAAUGCGCUCCCUACGCCACACAGCGGUUAUUCCUCUCAACAUUGGAUUUCACUUUCGGACGGCUCUUCACGGGCUUUUCCGUGUCUAGCCGAAAGUUCAUUGACAAUAGCCACCUGAAAACAGCUGAUUGCUUGACGUUGGGCUUUCGCCACCGGGGAAAAAUAGAGAGAAACGGAUUGACGGUAUCAUGUCACUUCGUCGCGUCUACUGAUGAUAACAAGUCGUAAGGGGAACGCGCAAAUUAUCGGGAAAUCGUGAUUGGUUUAUGUAAAGGAACCGGUUUGUUGUUUUUUUUUCGUUGUUUUUAUUGUUUUUUUUUAUCGGUUGGCUUAUCAUGGCAAGCUCUGUUGGGAACAAUGGGUACAAUUUUAAAGUGGUUCUUCUCGGGGAGGGGUGUGUGGGAAAAACAUCGGUGGUACUGAGGUAUGUUGAGGACAAGUUCAAUGACGACCAUUUGACGACGGUGCAGGCAUCGUUCCUCACGAAGAAACUCAAUAUCAAGGGGAAGAGGAUCAAUUUGGCGAUAUGGGAUACUGCCGGACAAGAGAAAUUCCAUGCUUUAGGACCAAUUUACUAUCGAAUGUCGAAUGGAGCGAUUUUAGUUUACGAUGUUACAGAUGAGAAUAGCUUUCAAAUGGUAAAAAAUUGGGUGAAGGAGUUGAAGAAAAUGUUGGGCAGUGAUAUAUCUUUAGUCAUAGCAGGGAACAAAGUUGAUCUCGAGAAAGACCGAAGUGUCUCGAUCGAGGAAGCGGACAAGUAUGCGAAGCAAGUGGGCGCAGUGCACUUUCACACGUCAGCCAAGCAGAACCGAAAUAUCGAGGAAAUGUUUCUGGACCUAACGAGAAGAAUGAUGGCCCACGCUGACGAGACUGAGCAACAAAAGUCCAAUCUCAACAGGACGAGCAGCACCAGGCGAAAUGUUGUUGUCGUCGAGGACGAAGCUGAACCGAUCCAAACGACAAAGUCAUCCUGCUGCGGGGGUUCACAUGCCUCAUGAAUUGAUCUUUUGUCUUCUGGAAUUGAAUGCGUUAUAGACUUGGGACAAACGAUGUAUAUAUUUAGUCACUUUUGUAUUUACCUCGAGAUGAAGUAAAAUUCCUCUCGAGAUCUUUUUCUCCCUAUUUCUUUUUUCGUGAAACGAGACGAGUCGCCAGACUUGCAAUUUAGUUUUUCAAAGAUAUUGAAAUUGACAGGUAAAUAGUUCGAUGAAAUUUUUAUGAGAUUUUUUUAAAAACCAAUAGCGAAGUGGUGAAAUGAGAUGAGUAGAAUUUAAUUCAGAUUGGGCCUAAUUAUCAAUUUAUCUUGGAAGAAAUUGAUUAAAGGGGGGAGGUUGAGGGACUUUUCUGCAGCUAAUUGAAUUUUUUACAAAAAAAGGUUUUUUCGAUAUUUUCUUCUGAAAUCAAUCUUACUUAGACUCUUGUGAUAAUCACGUGCAUGAGAGUGUUGUACAAUGGGGGAGAGGAGGAGAGGUGCAACUAGAACGGCAUUCUACUGUAUUAAAAAUUCGACUAUUUCUCUUCAAUCUCAAAACAUUCAGCGAAAAUUAAUGUCAGAGUGAAAGUAACUUAUCUCGUUUUAUCAUUCCACUAAUGAUUUUGCGAAAAGGUCAUCGUGGGUUAUCGAGUUUUGAUAUUUAUGAUGAUUGAAAUUGCCGAGGAGAUCAUGUGAGUUGUUUUUGCAAAGUGAGUUUGAGAACAAUUCUCAUGCAGACUGCCAAAAAUAUAUAUAUCGAUGGACGCUCUGGAUCGAUUCAACUGCAACGAUCAUGGAAUUCAGUAGCGAAAACGUGAAUAUCUCCGAAUCUAAAGAAAAUAUCGGAAUGUUUCUGAGAUGAUCUUUUGCAGAGAAAGCUCCAAGAAAGUUCUUCAUCAAAAUUUCAGUAUUUCUUUUAGAUCCCGAGAUGUUCCCCAAAAGGUACUGAUUAGCUGAAUCAACUUAUCUUUUACUUCUUCGCUACUGAAUAUUUUUUAUGAAUCGUUUCAGAUAAUCCAAGUAAUUUAUGAGGAAUAUUGAGGCUUAUUCUAAUGACGGUCAGUGUUACUAAAAUUUACCAGUGGUGUACUGUUUAAUUCAAUGUACGAGAGUCCUAUUACGAUUACAAUGUGCAAUAAAUAAGUCGUAAUUCAA